UUUAUUUUCAGGUUUUAAAAGUGCAUUCGAUUAAAAUGGAUGUCUCUGAGUUGCUAGCUUUUCAACCGGACAAGCCGUCGGCCGGUUUUGUUCCGUCAUCACCAGCGCCAUCUUCCGCUAAUCUGAAAAGAAAACGUCGACUGGACGAUGAAAGCGUGAAGAGUAGUAAUGUCAUACUCGAGAAGCGGUCAGUGGUGGCUCCAGCAGUCAGCAGUUUGUUGCAGCCAUCGUCGUCGUCCUCUCUUUCUACAUCUGCUGGUCAUGUUGCUGCUACUGCCAGUUCAAGUAAAACCACCAACAAGAUCUCUUCAACCGUCAAUGAAACGAGGGAGAAGGUAGCAAAAAUUCUUGAGGAUGAUUCUACAGAGUCUGACAUUUUAGACGAGGGUACAGUGAGGAGGCUGAUUAUUCAGUUUGAGAAAAGGUACCAAAAGAACCAAGAGAUGCGAAUCAAAUAUCCUGAUGCUCCAGAGAAAUUCAUGGAAUCGGAAAUUGAACUGAACGACACAAUCCAAGAAAUGCAUAUGAUUGCUUCCAUGCCUGAGACGUAUGAGAUUGUGAUCAGAGGCAGUACUACAAUACAGACAUUACUACAACUACUCAACCAUGAAAAUACUGAUGUAUCUAUAGCAGUUGUGGACCUGUUGAAAGAGAUGACCGAUGGUGACGUGAUGGAUGAUAAUGAAGAAGAAGCUGAGAUGUUGAUUGAUGCACUGCUCCAAGGACAGAUAUUGGCAUUGUUGGUCCAGAAUUUAGAAAGAUUAGACGAAACGUUGAAAGAAGAGGCCCAAGGCAUUCAUAAUUCAUUAGCAAUACUGGAGAACAUGGUUGAAUUGAAACCAGAAGUUAGCCUGCAAGCGGGCCAACAAGGAUUUCUGCAGUGGAUUGUUAAUAAAUUGAAGAUGAAGGCACCAUUUGAUGAUAUAAGAUUGUAUUGCUCAGAAAUACUAUCAAUACUGUUGCAGAUGUAUCAAGAGAACCGACAGAUACUAGGCGAGGUAGAUGGGAUUGACGUUUUACUCUCACAACUUUCGAUCUUCAAGAAGCAUGACCCGUCGACACCAGAGGAAAUUGAAUACAUGGAAAACCUCUUUAACUCACUCUGCUCAUCACUCAUGCUUCCGACCAAUAGGACGAGGUUUCUGAAAGGCGAGGGUCUACAACUCAUGAAUCUUUUGCUAAGGGAGAAGAAGAAACUCUGUCGCACGAGUGCCAUAAAAGUUUUGAACCACUCGAUGGUUGGUUCGGAGGGUGUGGACAACUGCAACAAGUUCAUCGACAUCCUGGGUCUGCGGACCAUCUUCCCACUCUUCAUGAAGCCGCCACACGUACAUAAGAAGGCGGGUCCAAACAAGCAGGAGUUGGAAGAGCACAUCGUCUCGAUAGUGGCCUCCCUAGUUCAGAACAGUGAAGGCUCCCAGAGACAGCGUCUCCUCAACAAGUUCACCGAAAAUGACCAUGAGAAGGUCGACAGGCUGAUGGAGCUGCACUUCAAAUAUCUACAGAGGGCUGAAGCUGUCGAAGCGGACAUUGAGAAACAGAGGGAGGCCAUCCAAUCACAGGGCAGGUCGCUAACAGCUGAUGACGAGGAUGAAUUCUAUAUGAAUAAAUUGGAGGCCGGUUUAUUUACGCUCCAACUGGUCGACUACAUAAUCGUGGAAGCAUGCCUGCUAUGUCCAGAUACUGUCAGAGGCAGAGUCAUGCAGAUAUUGAACUUGAGAGGGGGAACUGUGCAGACUAUUAAGAAUAUCAUGAAGGAAUACGCAAGCAGUAUUGGCAGCGUGGAUAUCUCUGCCAGUCAGAAAGUUUUGCAAGAAAGACUCUUCCAAUUGGUUGACAGAUUUUGAUGAUGAUGAUGACAAUAAUAAUAAUUAUAAUAAUAAUAAUGAUAAUAAUAAUGGUGUGAAUGGCAUGAUUUUUACAUUGACAGACAGAUGAUCAGUUACCUUUUCAAGUUUUAAUUUUUCUCAAUUAAAAACGAAUCGAGUAGGCUAUGUUCAUGAAUGCAUGCAUGCAUGGUUGAAUGAAUGGUUGAAUGAAUGAAUGAACGAAUGAAUGAAUGAAUGGUUGAAUGGAUGAACGGUAAUAAAAGAAUGAACUUUUGAUUUUAUCAAAACUUUCAAGAAAAAGUGAAAAGAU